GUGACUCUGUGAUUUUUCCCGCCGUGUAUUUAUUUAAAUCAACAAUAAAGAUGCAGGCGUGGUUGUUGGUGGCGUGCGCAGCAGCGCUUGCGACGCUCGCAGUAGCACAGAAACCUGGACGCUUCCUCUCCCUUCCCAACCCCCAGAAAUGCGCUAGCAGACCAAAAGAGUUCUUCUACCGAGGUCACAACUACUUCUACAGCGGCCACGUGCCCGCCCUCGCCAACAGGAAGGUAGACUGGUUAGAUGGCCGUAACAUCUGCCGCGAGUACUGCAUGGACCUGGUCUCCAUGGAGACGCAAGAAGAAAACAAUCUAAUCUUCAAACUCAUUCAGCAAAACGAUGUGCCCUACAUCUGGACGUCGGGUCGCCUCUGUGACUUCAAGGGAUGUGAAAACCGCAAAGACCUCGAGCCUAAGAACAUCUUCGGAUGGUUCUGGUCCGCGAACCGUGAAAAGCUGUCUCCCACCACCCAGAUCCCCAACGGCUGGGGCUACAACCCUUGGUCUCAGACUGGCCACAAGAAACAACGUCAGCCUGACAACGCGGAAUUCGAUAUCAACGGUACUUCAGAGUCUUGCCUCAGUAUCUUGAACAACGUUUACAAUGACGGUAUCGCGUGGCACGACGUCGCCUGCUACCACGAGAAGCCCAUCGUCUGCGAAGAUUCUGAUGAGCUCCUCAACUACGUAGCCAGCACCAACCCCGGCCUUCGUCUGUGAUCCCCCUAAACAUACCAAACAUUACAGUACUGCCGCCUAACUAUCGGUAAUUAUAUCAAUAGUUUCUUUACUGUCAAUGUUAUUUAUCGAUAGUAUUCGACACUAUUGAUAUUAAAUUAAUACUAUCAUUAGUUCUCUCUAGUGAU